ACAGUUAUUGAAAAGUGGGCGAAUGAAUUGUGUUUUGCUUUGGUUUGGUUUGGUUCAAAGAUUGAGGAAAUAGCUCAUAAAAAUAAAUUAAUUGUUAAAACAAACAUUCUUAAACAGAGAAGUUAUGUCAUUUAACUCUUGUGUACACUGUGAAAAUGCAUUUUUCUAUUCCUGAUUUACAACAGUUUCGUGAUGAUAAUGGGAUCACAUAUACGGGCUUCAACAUAUAUAUUGAUGGAUUUUUUCACUGUACGGCUCGAUACAAGCAGCUCCUCAGCCUCCAUGAGCAAUUGCAGUCACAAUACCCACAUUGCAAGUUACCAUCAUUUCCUCCCAAGAAACUAUUUUUAACUAAUUCUCAGCUAGAUGAGAGAAGGAUUAUGCUAGAAAAAUAUGUUCAAUCAGUUGGACAAAAUCCUGUGUAUGCAAAUUCUGGUAUACUAAUUACAUUCCUUUUUUCUGCUCAACAAGAAACACAUUCAGUGAGAGUACAUGUGGUGGAUAUAGAAAUAUCUCUAAUGAAUGGAUACAGAAUACCACUGUCUGUGUCAUCCACUGAUUCUUCCAGUACAGUUUUAGAUAUAGCUUGUAAUUAUGUGAAUUUAUCAAAAGACUUUACAAAAUAUUUCUCCUUAUAUCUUUUUAAUUGGAGUUGUGCUAAGGAUGGUCAACCAAGUAUGAAGAAACUCGAGGAUUAUGAAUCUCCAUAUAUUUCUCAGAAAUAUGUAAGGCCUGAAGACAAGAUUGUAUUAAGAAAAAGCUACUGGGAUCCAUGUUAUGAUAUGGAUCUAAUGAUAGACAGAGUUUCGUUAGAUUUAUUAUAUCUACAGCUCAUAGAGGAAUUAGAUUUGAAUUGGAUGUCAGCAGACUCUGAGACUAAAAAGAUUCUAUCAGCAUAUGAAGCCAAGAAACAAAAAAGAGAGUAUAUAGAGCUAGCGCGAACGCUACGAAACUACAGCAGCAUACCGGCCGGCGAAGCGUUAACAGAUGCAGUGAACGUCGGUGAGCCCAAUGGUUCUACGAUACGUGUGAGGGUCUCACUGGGCUCCAAGGAGCUGACAUUGACCAGUGUCUCAAACCCGAGUCACGAGCAACCAUACAAAGUUACCAGGAUGAGGUGUUGGCGGAUAACAACGCUACACAAUGUGGAUAGAUCACAAUCAAAUGGAGACAAUUCACUUUUGGACGAGCCCAGUAAAAACUUCGAGCUUUCGUUUGAGUAUCUACUCAGCAAAGACAACUUGGUGUGGGUCACGCUGCGGACGGAACACGCUAUCUUCAUUAGCGUUUGCUUACAGUCAAUAGUUGACGAGUUGAUGCGUCAGAAGAACGGAGAGGGGCCGAUGUCGCCGCGGUGCAAGCGCGCCAACCUCGCUUACCUGCGAAGAGACGGCUCCACACAUCUGAUCACUCCGUCCUCCUCCAGCGACACUCUUAGCUCUGUGAAUGGUGAUUCAUCCAGCAGUUCCAGAGAAAUAUUCUCGGUUCAGAAACUUACUGAAAAGUUCGCGUCUGUUGCAUUCAAAACGGGAAAGGAUUGCGUGGAAAACAACGCUUUCGAAGCCAUCGGCGAUGAAGAACUGUGAAUGCUCUACAAUAAAGGGAAUGCCCAUCCCCGGCCCAGGCCUACCCUAAAACCAUCCAUCAAUUUACUUAUAUCUAAAAAUUUUGAUAAUUCUACUUCAAUAAUGAAGUCAUUACUUCAAAAAAAGUUUGCUACAAUAUUUUACGUCAUUUUAAUUCAUCUUUUAUUUUGUCCCCACCGGAAAAUCAAAGAUCGUUGAACAUACAGCCUGAGUUUUACGAUAUUUAAUGAAGAUCUAUGAUUUGUUUGUUUUCUUGUUUGUUAGGUUAGUUGUUAACAGAGAAAAAAAUAAUACAGCUUCAAAUGUUAUGGCGCUGCUUUGGUACAUCGGCAAACUUUCAAGAUGAGUGAUAAAAAAAGGGAUUUUUUCAUUAAGAAACAUACAUUUAGCCAAUUAUUUAACUAGAUCCUUAUUUAAACAUCAUAUUAUCAUCACCAUAUACAUGGGUAUACCUGGGUUCCCAGGGCCGAUGUUGUAUUGGCCGAUUGGCAUUCCCCUUUAUAUAGUUAGUGGCAUACAUUACUGGGACAAAAAAUAAUCAAAUUAGUUACCGGUCAGCUUAUUUCCGUCGAGGCGAAAAGUUGUUUUUGGUGAAAAAUGAAACAUUUAUAAUAAUGUUGGUCUAUUAUUUACCAAUUAGCUGACCCAGUGUUUUAUUAUAUUCAGGUUUUCCCCAAAGAAAGGAGGUUACUUGGUGAAUGUUGCCAAUAAUGUUACUAAUAUAAAAUUUAUAUUUACUCUCUUUUUUACUCGAAUAUGUACAUUGUGCAUAGUAUGAUUGUGUAUGGAUUAUUACAUUUAAAUAAUAUAUAAUAUUUGUUUUUAUGAAUUUAUAAAAAAAGACUUAUGCCUAUGAUUGUUUAUUUAAAAUGUUUCAUAAGUAUAUUUUUAUUUUGGAAUUUUACUUGCCAUAAAAUCAUAAUCAAAACUGUAUACUUAUUUUAUACUAAGUUAAAAUUAAAAGAAUUGUAUAGAUAUUAUUAAUACAGUAUUGAGACAUUAAAUAUCUCUAAGAAAUACUUACCAAUAUGUAAAUAUUUGUAUUACAUAGAAGACUUAUUUACUUUAGGCCAAAUUAGGUUAAGGGAAUAAAUAGAUCAAAUUCAUUAUGUUUUCUGUAAGUGAAAUGUUUUACUGUUUCAAAAAGGAUUGAUUUAUUAUAUUUUCCAUUAUUUACAGAAUUCUGUCAUUAGGUUAAAACCGUGCACUAGAUGACAUCACAAUACUUUAGAAUCACUGCAUUAGAUCAAAAUAAUUUUACUUUUAAAUGAUCAAUAUCUUACUUUCUUUAUUUGAAAUUUAAAUUACCUUGUAUCUGUACCGCAAUAGUAGGCCUAAGAUUACAUCAUAACAUAUCUGAGGAGGAAAGAAUGACAGGUGUCGACCAAUAACGCGCAAUGGGAAAUAUCCUCUUUUAUUGCAUUGGGACGAAAGAGAGAGCAUUAUUUCAACUCUGUCACUAUUUGUCGACUUAAUUGAUCUUUUUCUCUUCACGAUGUAUGUUGUUGAUGCUUGCUAGGCUUACAGAUACAAGGUAAUUUAGAUAUCAUUCAUUUUCAAGCACUUACAUAUUGUGCUUCUGUAUGGUCUAUGAAUGGACGUAGUAUAUAAUUUUUUAACACAUAACAGUAUAACGUUUUCUUUUGCUUCACAGACAUUUACGUGUGUAAUUGUGUUGAGGUGCCAGGUAAAAAUAAAUUGAAUAAAUAGGUAAACAUGGAAUUAAAAAUAAAAGGUGAAUCAAUUUAAUCAUUGGUAAGGUCCAUUUCGGACCGGGGCAAAAUACCAAGUGUAUAUAAUUUUUAAUUCAAAUAAUUACAGGGAUAUGUCAAGAUAAAAUUAGUGAAUAAAUUGAGCUAAAGUAUAAAAGAUCCAAGUUUUAAGAUCCUCUGUAAAAGUCCCAUUAAAAUUGGUUUGGCCAUUCCAGAGAUUAACCCGGACAAACAGAGAGACAGAAAACUUGAUUAUGUAUUAGUAUAGUGUAAAUAGCUAUUAAGCACUUGUAUUUUGAAAUCACAGACAGUCAGUUUAAUUUUAUUUAUGUGUAUUGAUAAUAUAAUUUCCCUCUCAAAAUAGGUAUUUUUUGUUAUUGGGUUUCUUAUAAGUACUCUUUCUAUAAAUAAAAUUUCAGGCUUUGGAAUGGAAACUAAAGAAUUUCCACGAAUGGCAAAGAAUACUUUGUCUAUUUUGAAUUGUUUUACGUGAUUGUACAAUAACAUAAAAUUGAAAAUUUUGAAAAACUCCCCUAGGUCAUGAAAUUUUUAAUUACACUCUCGAUCAAGUCAUCAAUAUUUUCUUUUAGUGCUCUUUCAUUUGAGACCCUCACUCAAGUAUAUAUGCAGACAGUUACAGUUAUUCUACCCCACUUUCAUAUCCCACAACUUUUAAACGGCUCAACCGAUUUUCAUCAAACAUGUCUAAGAACAUUCGCACAUAAGUCACCUUUUAUACAAAAAAAAAUUUAAAUUGCUUCAUCUGUUCGGGAGCUAUGGUGCCACAGACAAACACAACAAACUAAUAACACCCCUCUUUCUGUGUCGAGGUUAAAAAAAGGAGUUUGUGAUCAACAGAUUAUUUCAUCAGAGUAUGUCAUGUAUUGUUAGGACCUGAGUGUCUUCCUUCAUUACUUCUGAACAACUGAACUGAUUUGGACGUAUAACAUAUCAAUAGAAUUCUUAUAUCAUUCCGAGUUAGUCUUUAUUUAUAGCAGUCAUGUUGUUGUCUCUCUAAUUUAGAUCAAUUUAUCUUUUACAUUGUGAAAAUGUAACCAGUUAUGGAAAACAAUCAACAAUUUUAUAUUAUUUUUAAGAAUCUAUUUAAUUUCAGGGACCAUUUUAUGUAUAUUAAGUUCUAUUCUAAUCAAGCUAACUCUAACUUAACUCAUCCAAAAUAUGGACCUGACUAAUACCUACAAGUUGAUACUAAAUGAUCUUUGUUUGACAAACAUUAUAAAUAACAAUCAAUGCAGAUAAUUAUCUAAUUAUUAUCAGUGGCUUACAUAAGGGUGUCUCUCUUUUCUCAACUCAACUCUUAGGGUAUGCAGUACUUUAAUGCAUGUAUGAAGUGCUCACCACUGAAUUAUCUCUGCUGAUUUAACAAUCAAUGGAGAUAAUUAUUUAAUUAUCUCUGCUGAUUCUAUAAACUUGUCAGUGGGCUGUUUUAUCAUGUUUUCUUUAGUAUUGGGAUGACACACCUACAACUACAAGUAACAAUAAAAGCUGCUCUCUUGUAGUUGUAUUUGCCUCUUAAGUGGGAGUUUCCACAUAAAUGUUUCUCAGCUUGAGACUGUUUACACAAUCAAGAAAAAGCAGCAAUGCAAGAUUUUCUUUUAAUUAAACAAGCUUUCUAGUCAAAUAUGUCAACAAUCCAGAUUUGUCGACGAUUUAGAUCAUUCCUAAUUAUCAGGUCAUAUUUUAGAUUGAGUUGAAUAUAUGUAUUAAAAUCUGCCACUUUGGCCAUAAAUUGUAUGCCAUAAUUUUAUUUACAUUUAUUCUUCUUAUUAAAUGAUUUUACAAUCUGA